UCGCCAUUUUGCUGGUGUUUAGGAGGGGAAAUCUGCAAGGAAAUAUUAGCGCGGUGCCCGGAUUGAUACCGGUGGCAGGAUGUUCAAGAGACACCGUUUAGAUUUGGGUGACGAUAAUUCGACCGGCAAAAAGAGAGCUACCGAGGGGCGCGACAGGGACAGAGACUGCGAUGAACGGUCGAGGGACAGGGACCGCGACCGAGCUCGGGACCGGGACUGGGACAGGGACAGAGAUGCGAAGUCGGCCGGGGUUCCCACCAACCCGGCUGCAGGCAGCGGAGUCUUCGUGAAACCAACCCCCUUUCAGCAGAAGAUCAACCCCUUCACCAACCUGCCCCACACGCCGCGCUACUAUGAAAUCCUGAAGAAGCGUCUGCAGCUGCCUGUCUGGGAGUACAGGGAGCGCUUCACAGAAAUCCUGAUGCGUAACCAGUCCUUUGUGCUGGUGGGGGAGACGGGCUCUGGAAAAACCACACAGAUCCCUCAGUGGUGCGGCGACAUGGUGCGGUCGAUGCCGGGAACAAAAAGAGCGGUGGCCUGCACCCAGCCCAGGAGGGUGGCGGCCAUGAGCGUCGCCCAGAGGGUCGCUGAUGAGAUGGAUGUCAUGCUGGGCCAAGAGGUGGGCUACUCCAUCAGGUUUGAGGACUGCAGCUCGGCAAAGACCGUACUCAAGUACAUGACGGAUGGAAUGUUGCUGCGGGAGGCCAUGAAUGAUCCUCUGCUGGAGCGCUACGGUGUCAUCAUCCUGGACGAGGCUCAUGAACGCACGUUAGCCACAGAUAUCCUCAUGGGAGUCCUCAAGGAGGUGGUCCGCCAGAGGGCUGAUCUCAAGGUGAUUGUGAUGAGUGCCACGCUCGACGCCGGCAAGUUCCAGGUGUACUUUGACAGCUGCCCACUGCUGACCAUCCCCGGACGCACGCAUCCCGUCGAGAUCUUCUACACGCCCGAGCCCGAGCGGGACUACCUGGAGGCAGCCAUCCGCACGGUGAUCCAGAUCCACAUGUGUGAGGUGGAUGAAGGGGAUGUUCUCCUCUUCCUCACCGGACAAGAGGAAAUUGAUGAAGCCUGCAAGCGGAUCAAGAGGGAGGUCGACGAUCUGGGCCCUGAAGUCGGCGAUAUAAAGAUCAUCCCGCUGUACUCCACGCUGCCGCCGCAGCAGCAGCAGAGGAUCUUCGAGCCGCCCCCACCCAACAAACCAAGUGGGGCCAUCGGAAGGAAGGUUGUCGUGUCAACCAACAUCGCGGAGACGUCGCUGACCAUUGACGGCGUGGUGUUUGUAAUUGAUCCUGGAUUUGCCAAGCAAAAGGUGUAUAAUCCUCGUAUCCGAGUGGAAUCCCUUUUGGUGACGGCCAUCAGCAAGGCCUCGGCCCAGCAGCGGGCCGGCCGCGCCGGACGCACACGCCCGGGAAAGUGUUUCCGCCUUUACACCGAGAAAGCUUACAAGACAGAAAUGCAGGACAACACAUAUCCAGAGAUUCUGAGGUCCAAUCUGGGCUCUGUGGUGCUGCAGCUGAAGAAACUGGGUAUCGACGACCUGGUGCACUUUGACUUCAUGGACCCACCAGCCCCAGAGACCCUGAUGAGAGCCCUGGAGCUGCUGAACUACCUGGCGGCGCUCAACGACGACGGCGACCUGACGGAGCUGGGCUCCAUGAUGGCGGAGUUCCCUCUGGACCCCCAGCUGGCCAAGAUGGUCAUCGCCAGCUGUGAAUUCAACUGUUCAAACGAGAUCCUCUCAAUCACUGCCAUGUUGUCAGUCCCACAGUGCUUCGUCCGACCCACGGAGGCUAAGAAGGUGGCCGACGAGUCCAAGAUGCGCUUCGCCCACAUCGACGGGGACCACAUGACGCUGCUCAACGUCUACCACGCCUUCAAGCAAAACCACGACUCCACUCAGUGGUGCUACGAGAACUUUGUCAACUACCGCUCGCUGAUGUCUGCAGACAACGUUCGGCAGCAGCUGUCCAGGAUCAUGGACCGCUUCAGCCUGCCGCGGCGCAGCACCGAGUUCAACAGCAGAGACUACUACACCAACAUCCGGCGGGCGCUGGUCACGGGCUUCUUCAUGCAGAUCGCUCACCUGGAACGCACCGGCCAUUACCUGACCGCCAAAGACAACCAGGUGGUUCAGCUGCACCCCUCCACCGUGCUGGACCACAAGCCCGAGUGGGUCCUCUACAACGAGUUUGUGCUCACAACCAAGAAUUACAUCCGCACGUGCACCGACAUCAAACCAGAGUGGCUGGUGAAAGUGGCCCCGCAGUACUACGAGAUGGGCAACUUCCCCCAGUGCGAAGCAAAGAGACAGUUGGAGCGCAUCAUCGCAAAACUCUCAUCGAAGGAAUUCACUCAGUACUAACGGGGGGACGUCCUCCGUGUGCGUACAAAGUAAAACCAGAACUUAUUUUUUAAUUCCACCGACAACCCAAUUUGGAAUUCUAUUUUCGUCGUGCCGUUGUUGUGACGUAUUCCACCGUGACCGAUGAAAUGUGUCCCCUUGAUGGCUGCCACGUGCCGUUUCUCUGGAGCCCCGGGGGUGAAGCACCACCAGAAGUGGACUGCGAAUGGCCGGUCGUCGGGAACGUGAUUAUUAUUUCUGUUCAAAGCAUGAUGUGUCAUGUACAUUUUUAGUGUUCCGCUUAAGGACAUCCAUACUCUCAAGUCCCAGCUCAGGAUUCUUUGCUGUUUUCCUGCUUCUACUGCUGAAACGACCCCACGUUUUGAUCGAAUAUAAUUUAUACUGUUAUGAUGUGGGGAUAAUGGAUUGUGGUCUUGUCGUGGAUUUACGAAGAGGGGCUCUUUGGUCGUACUUCCUGUCGCUAUUCAGCUUAAUAAAAAUGACUUUGUAAUAAUAAAAAAAUUCCCCAUGUCAGUGUUUAAAUAACCACAUAA